GGCAGGGAGCCACACGGACUGGAGCUGCGGCCAGACAUGGGCCGCCCGGGGCUGCUGCCGCUGCUGCUGCUGUCGCUUCAGACCUGCGUUCCAGCCUCCUGGAGCCUGCAGUGCAUGCUGUGUGGGAGGAUCGGGAAGUGCCAGGUGGAAGAGUGUGCCCGUGGCCAGGACCUCUGCAGGACCACCAUCAUGCGCAUAUGGGAAGGAGGUGAAGAGCUGGAGGUGGUGGAGAGAGGCUGUGCCCACCCAGAGAAGAGCAACAGGACCAUGAGCUAUCGGACAGGCAUGCAGAUCAUCACUCUUACCGAGACCCUGUGUGGGACUGACUUGUGCAACCGACCCACCCCUGGUCGGACUUCCACUUUUCCCCGAAUCCAAAGCCGUUACCUUGAAUGUGUUUCCUGCGCCUCAUCAGAUCUGAGCUGUGAGAGGGGCUGGGACCAGAGCCUGCAAUGCCGCAGCCCUACAGAACAGUGCGUGGAAGUGGUGACCCACCGGAGCCUGGAAGGUGAGACAGGCAGUCUAAGGGAUGAGAACCAUACCCGCGGCUGUGGCAACCUUCCCGGCUGCCCAGGCCCCACCGGUUUCCACAACAACCACACCUUCCACUUCCUGCAGUGCUGCAACACCACCAAAUGCAAUGGAGGCCCAGUCCUGGAGCUUCAAAACCUGCCUCUGAAUGGCCACCAAUGUUACAGCUGUGAGGGUAACAGCACCCAUGGAUGUUCCUCCGAAGAGAUUUCCCUGACCGCCUGCCAAGGCCCCAUGAAUCAAUGCCUGGAAGCCACGGGCACUAAUGAGCUGGGCAACCAGAGCUACACAGUACGAGGUUGUGCAACUUCCUCAUGGUGCCAGAGUCUCCACGUGGCUGAAGCCUUCAGCCUGACCCUUCUCAAUGUCUCAUGCUGUACUGGAAACGGCUGUAACCACCCAGUCCUGGGUCACCAGCCCCGCAUGGGCGGCGCCCCCCGGCCCGGUCCUGCCCACCUCAGCCUCAUGGCCACCCUGCUUAUAACUGCCAGACUGUGGGGAGGCACUCUCCUCUGGACCUGACACCCCACACUCCCCCUUCCCUGGCCGGAUCCAGAGGAGCCCUUUGCCCUCCCCUCAGCUCCCAGCCCUGCAGACUUGCUGUGUGACCUCAGGCCAGUGUGCUGCCCUCUCUGGGUCUCAGUUUUCCCAGCUGUCUCAUGGAGUUGCAGAACCAGGGGAGAAAAGCUGGAGAAGCCUGCAGGCCAGCAGGAGAGGUCUUAUGUUA